UUUGUGCUUUGUAUUUUUGUAUCUGCGUUCUAUUUUCUGUUUAUAUUUAAAACAAUGACUGAUGUUAAGGAAACGUCGUGUAGGCUUUGCCUUAAAAAUAUAACCGAUGAAAGUUUUGAAGUGAUAAACAACAUUAUCAGAGAUAUUCUAGAUGUUCUUUUGCUCAAAUUGAAAUUUGAUGAUGAGAGCAAAGAGGUUUUAUGUACCGUUUGCAGAAGAAAGUUAAAUACAGCGUUAGAAUUUAAGUCGACGUGUUUGAAUACCGAUAACACAAUUAUUCCUUAUGUGGAUAGCGAAAAAAUGUUACAGCUCGACUUAGGAGAAGUGUACAGGCAGGAAAAGAAGAGUGAGCUUUGCCUUAAAAAUAUAUCCGAUGAAAGUUUUGAAGUGAUAAACAACAUUAUCAGAGGCAUUCUAGAUGGUCUUUUGCUGAAAUUGAAAUUUGAAGAGAGAAAAGAGGUUAUUUGUAACGCUUGCAGAAGAAAGUUAAAUGCGGCUUCAGAAUUUAAGUCGACGUGUUUGAAUACCGAUAAAACAAUUAUUCCUUAUGUGGAUAGCGAAAAAAUGUUACAGCUCGACCUAAGAGAAGUGUACAUGCAGGAAAAGAAAAGUGAAUUAGUUUGCAGUCAGAAAAUAUGUCGAUUGUGUAUGCAGCCAGUAGAAAGUGAGUUUAGGUGCAUACGUAAAGAGGAACUUGAAACUAUUCAGAAAUUGACACCUGAAAUGAAUAUAAAUAUCAUCAAAGAUCCCGUUGUUUGUAAGAGAUGCUUCGAUUCUCUGUGCACCCACAACAGUUUCCUAAAAAAUUGCUGGGAAGUACAGGAAAAAAUUAAAAGUAUUUUUGAUAGCUCAGCCACAGGAAGUCAAAUAGAUACGUCUCCACUUGGUUUAUUCGUUAAGACUGAAAACCUGGAAAAGAAAUUCGAUAUUAACGAGAUGGAAAUGUCAAUCAAAGCUGAAUAUGUCGACAUAAAAACGGAAGAUGAAGAAACGAG